AUGGUAAAUCUUAUUUUAAAGAUCCAACACAAUGAUGAUACUAGAAGAGUAUCAAUGGAGAGGGAUCCAACAUUUUUAGAAUUAAGAAAGAUGACAGUUACAUUUUUUAAAAUUAAUAGUUUUUUAAUUAAAUAUUUUGAUGAGGAUAAAGAUUUAAUUACAAUUACAUCUGAUAAUGAUUUAAAAGAAGCAUUUUCAAUUGCAACUACAUCACCACGUACUGUUAGAUUAUUUGUUUCAAAAACUGAAGAAGAAUCUUCAUCUGAAACAAUUAAUAAUAAUAAUACCACACCUUCAAUUAAUAAUUAUCAAAAUCCAUUAUCAAACUCUGUAAAUAAUAAUAAUAAUAAUAAUAAUAAUAACGAUAAUAAUACUAUGAAUUUAAAACCAUUAAUUGAUUCAAUUUUAGCAAAUCCAAAUAUUGCUCAAUUAGCUUCUGCAUCUGCUGUAAGUUGUUUAACACCAAAAGUUCAUACAAGUGUUUAUGGUAUUCCAACAACUGGUACUGAUCAAACUCAAAUUGAAAAUUUACUUUCAAAUCUUGGUUCACAAAAUUGGAUAAAUGAAAUUGUUCAAAAUUCACUUUCAAAUAUUUUUAAACCAAAUGUAAAUAAUAAUAAUCAAAAUCAAAAUCAAUCAACAACAACAAAUAAUAAUAAUACUACAACAACAACAACUACAUCAACAACAAAAAAUGAAGAAAAACAAAAAACUGAAAAGAAUGAAAAUAUGGUUGAACAUGUUGGAAUUACAUGUGAUGGUUGUGAUUCAAAAGUAUUUGGUAAUCGUUAUAAAUGUACAGUUUGUCAUGAUUAUGAUUUAUGUUCAGAAUGUGAAUCACGUGGAGACCAAGUUCAUCCAACUUCUCAUCCAUUAUUGAAAAUCGCACAACCAACUCCAAUUUCAUGUUCAUGGCAACAUAGUAACGCUGGUCGUAGUGGUAUUCCACAUGGUUUUGGUGGUGGUAGAUGUACUAGAAAAGUUUAUGCAGCUCGUUAUUUAGCUGAUAUUUCAAUUAAAGAUGGUAGUGUCAUUCCAAAGGGUUCCUCCUUUACCAAGACUUGGAGAUUACGUAAUGAUGGUAAAACCUCUUGGCCAGAAAAUACAACUCUCUCUUUCCUCUCUGGUGAUAGAUUCCAAUAUCAAACCGAUAUUUUUGUUCCAGUUUGUCAACCAGGUCAAGAUAUUGAUAUCUCUGUUGAUUUAGUUGCUCCAACUAAAACUGGUAGAUAUACUGGUUAUUGGAGAUUAUCAACUCCUGAAGGUUUUGGUUUUGGUCAAUCAAUUUGGGUUGAUAUUUAUGUAAUUGCUGAUGAAGAUGAUAAUAAAAAACAACAACCAAUUAUUCAAGAAGAAAAACAACAAGAAGAAGAACAAAAAGAUGUUGUUCAACGUUUACCAGAUAGCGAUUCUGAAGAUGAAUUAUUAAAACAAGAACAAGAAAAAUUAGAAGAAGAGGAAGAGGAAGAAGAAGAGGAAAAGGAUGAACCAAAAAUUGAAGAAGAAGCCGAUAGUUUUUGUUUCUUACCAUUCACUCCAUCACCAUUUUCACCAUUUUCAAUUCAAAAUAAUGUACCAGCAUCAGUUCAAGUUCCAUCAGAAAUUUCAAAUUCAUUCAAUAUUCCACCAGUUGCUGAACAACAACAACAAGAAAAAAUAAAUAACAACACAAGUAAUAAUUCAAAUAAUUAUCAAUUACCACCAUUACCAGUAGUUGAACAAGAACAAAUUAUUGAAAAUGUUCAACCACAAGUUGAAGAAUUACCAAAACUUGAAGAAUUAUCAGUAAAUGGUGAACAAGAAGAUAUUAGACGUAAAUGUAUUGGUACAUUGGUUUCAAUGGGUUUCAGUAAUACUCCAAAUAUUAUUGAAAUUAUCAAAAGAUAUAAUUUCAAUAUCAAUGAAAUCAUUGACCAUUUAUUAAGUAAUCAAGAACAAUAA